AUGUCUGUUAGUUUGAAAGACUGUUCUAAGGCGCUUGCGUAUUUGCAAGAAUACGCUGAGAAAGAUGGGUUGUCUGCGGAACAGCUUAUGGACUCCAAGACCAGAGGUGGUUUGACUUACAACGAUUUUUUGAUUUUGCCCGGCAAAAUCGAUUUCCCAUCGUCUGUGGUAAGUCUCCAGACCAAGAUCACCAAGAAAAUAACGCUCAACACUCCUUUUGUGUCGUCCCCCAUGGAUACCGUCACAGAGGCGGAAAUGGCCAUUCAAAUGGCUCUAUUGGGCGGUAUUGGUAUCAUCCAUCACAACUGUUCUGCUGAACAGCAGGCUGAAAUGGUCAAAAAAGUGAAAAAAUUCGAAAACGGUUUCAUCAACUCGCCUAUCGUGGUGAGUCCUCAGGCCACCGUUGGCGAAGUUAAGGCCAUGCGUGAAAAAUUUGGGUUCUGCGGAUUCCCCGUUACUGAAACCGGAUCGCUUCCAAGCAAAUUGGUAGGUAUUGUCACUUCCCGUGACGUCCAGUUCAUCGAAGACAACUCUUUGACCAUCUCCGAAGUUAUGACCAAGGAACUGGUCACCGCUAAGGUGGGUGUUACUUUGGCCGAAGGUAACGACAUUUUGAAAACCACCAAGAAGGGAAAACUACCAAUCGUGGACGAAAACCAAAACUUGGUGUCGAUGUUGUCUAGAACCGAUUUGAUGAAGAAUCAAAGCUAUCCAUUGGCCUCUAAGUCUGCCACCACUAAGCAAUUGCUCUGUGGUGCUUCAAUCGGAACUAUCGAAGCUGACAAAGAAAGACUACAGCUUUUGAUGCAAGCCGGUCUAGACGUUGUGGUGAUCGACUCUUCUCAAGGUAACUCUGUUUUCCAAUUGAAUAUGAUCAAAUGGAUCAAACAAACUUUCCCAGAACUAGAAGUCAUCGCUGGUAACGUGGUCACCAGAGAACAGGCAGCUUCUUUAAUCGAAGCCGGUGCCGAUGGGUUGAGAAUUGGUAUGGGUUCCGGUUCUAUUUGCAUUACUCAAGAAGUUAUGGCUUGUGGUAGACCUCAAGGUUCUGCCGUCUAUAACGUCACCCAAUUUGCUAACCAAUUCGGCGUUCCAUGCAUGGCCGAUGGUGGUAUCUCCAACAUUGGUCACAUUGUCAAGGCUUUGGCAUUGGGUGCCUCUUGCGUUAUGAUGGGUGGUAUGCUCGCUGGUACUACCGAAUCUCCAGGUGAAUACUUUUUCCAGGACGGCAAGCGUUUGAAAACUUACCGUGGUAUGGGUUCCGUCGAUGCUAUGCAAAAGACCGACACAAAGGGCAACGCCUCUACUUCGCGUUACUUCUCUGAGUCUGAUAAAGUUUUUGUGGCUCAAGGUGUCUCGGGUGCCGUAGUCGACAAGGGCUCCAUCAACAAGUUCAUCCCAUACUUGUACGGUGGUUUGCAACAUUCUUGUCAAGAUAUUGGUGUGCGUUCUUUGGCUUCUCUAAGAGAGGAAGUGGAUAACUCUGUCAUCAGAUUUGAAUUUAGAACCGCAUCUGCUCAACUAGAGGGUGGAAUUAACAAUUUGCACUCUUAUGAGAAGCGUUUGCACAACUAG